AUGGCUUCCUCACCCAGCACAGAACAAAGUGAAGAUAAGAAAAUUGAAGAGGAUGAAGGCAAAGAUGGAAAAAAUUAUGAAUGUCAAAUGAUAGAUGUGUACAGAGAGAAUCCUUUGGACGGCCUGACUUUGAAGAAGGAUCCCUGUGAGAUCACGAGAAAGAGUAUUUUGUCAUCAAAGUCUGGGGAUGACAUUUCAGAGACAAAGUCACAGUCAAUUUACAUGAACGAUGGAGAUAAUGGUGACUCAGAAAUGAAAGAUGCUGACGCGAGUGAUUCUGUGUGUUUGAAUGAUGGUUUUGUGACACCAUCAGAACAUGGUCAUGCAAAUCAUGACAAGAACAGUUUACGGCAAGACAUAGAACUGAUGGAGACUAAACCCAGUAGCAAAAGUUCGUCACAAAUAACUCACGAUGAUGAGUUGAUCAAUGGAGAAAAUGACCUACAGGAUGAUAAAGAUGAAGUAAUGUCUGUUGAUAAAGAUGAACCCUCUGCCACAGAAGCACACAGUACAUUGACAUUAAAUUCUGGUGCUAAUCUGGAAGCGGUCAGUUCCAACGACUUCGGUCAUGCUGGAUCGCCUGCCACUAAACGAGUGUCGACAGAUGAUGAUGAUGACGAGUCUCCGAAACCAAAGCGUCACACCCCAGACAGAUCAGGCGAAAAGACAGACAGUGAAGAUACAGUGCAUAAUAAGAAAGAUGCAAAUGAGGCGAACUCAACAGACCCGGACCAAUCAAAAGAGCUGCCAAGUCUUAGUUCAGACAGUGAUGAUGACGACAUCAUUUCAACGCCUGCUGGUCAACGGCAACUUUCCAGACGGAGACGCCUUCGACGAAGACGGUAUCCGAGACAAAGAUUCAGCUCAGAUGACUCAGACACCACAGGUGAGGAUGACACUAAUGAUGGAGUGAAAAAUACGGAUGAAGAUGAUGAUAAAGAGUCAGAUGAAGAAGUUCGAAAAGCAAUUUCGGAAAUUCUGAACAAGCCGUGUCCAAAACCCAACUGGUAUGCUGUGCCGGAGUUGAGAAAGCGAGAAUAUGGUUAUGGAUCCCACCAGGAUUCCAGCAGCUUUGUGGAACAUGUUCAAGGAAGCCUUCACAUGGCCAGGAAGUUGGUGCUGAAGGAGUCCAUGAAGGGUCAUGAGGGUUGUGUCAAUGCCCUCAGUUUCAACCGAAUAGGAACCCUUCUGGCAAGUGGCUCUGAUGAUCUGAACAUCAUCUUAUGGAACUGGCAGCGAGCCAGACCUUCGCUCAUCUACGACAGCGGUCAUCGCAGCAAUGUCUUUCAGGCCAAGUUUAUGCCCUUCAGUGGAGACUGCCAUGUGAUCAGCUGUGCCAGAGAUGGCCAGGUCCGACUUGCUGAGCUGUCAUUAACUGGAGUUUGUAAAACAACACGCAAACUGGCACAGCAUAGAGGGGCUGCUCACAAGCUGGCCCUAGAGCUGGACUCGCCCAAUGUCUUUCUCAGCUGUGGCGAGGAUGCUGUAACCUACUUAUUUGACCUCAGAGAAGAGAAGCCUCACAAAUUGGUAACAACAAAGGAGAAUGAUAAAAAAGUACCUUUGUAUUCCAUACACUCAAAUCCUUGUGACUCCAGGCAGUUCUGUGUGGGAGGCAGAGAUCACUACAUCAGAGUAUAUGAUAAAAGAAAGAUUUCAGAGGAUAUUGAUGGAGGAGUUCUGAAAAAGUUCUGUCCAGACCACCUGAUCAACAGUGAAGUCAAGGCUAAUGUCACAUGUGCUUGUUACAACUACAAUGGAACUGAAAUCCUUGGCUCCUAUAAUGAUGAGGAUAUUUACCUCUUUGACAAUACAAUGUCUGACGGAGCCAAUUAUAUCCACAAAUACACGGGACAUCGCAACAAUGCAACAGUAAAAGGAGUGAAUUUUUAUGGCCCUAAGUCGGAGUUUAUCAUCAGUGGCAGUGAUUGUGGUCAUGUCUUUUUCUGGGAGAAGCACACAGAGGCAAUCAUCAACUUUCAAGAGGGCGAUGAUGCUGGCGUGAUUAAUGUGCUUGAACCCCACCCUACUCUGCCCGUUCUGGCCACUAGUGGACUUGACCAUGAUGUCAAGCUGUGGAUGCCCUCUAAUGAGAUGCCAAAGAUGGACUUGGAUGUGUUGAAGAAGACAUUAAAGAGAAAUCAUAAUGAACGGACUUUGGAGAGGGUUUCAUCUGAACCUGAGAUGAUUGGCGGACAGAUGUUGUGGUUCAUUAUGCAUCAUUUCAGAAACUCGGCCAGAAGACGGAUGCGAGAGGAAGGUCAGGUUCUGUCAACAUCAGACGAUGACGAGAAUGAGAGCCACUCUGAAGGUUCCGACACUAAUGAGAUGCAGUGUGCCCAGUCGUAG